GACUGCUCAAUUGUCAUUCAAAGUGUGAUAGCACUGAAAGCUGAAAAUUGGCCUGGACAGGAAGGGGGUGAAAGUGUCCGGACUUGAAGUGGUUAAUACAAAGGGACCAGGGAUUUCAAAUCCCCGCUCUUUUCCUUUUUAUUCCAUCAUGGAUCAGGAUGAUUCGGAUUGGUCAGCACUGUCACAUCAAAAUGAUCUGGCUGGUCCCAGAAGCACCUGCACAGACAAGAAGGAGAAGAGUGAGAGUUUCACAAAAACCCUCAGACCAGGGGCGGACUGACCAUUUGGAAACUUGGGCACUGCCCGAGGGCCCGGGGUCA